CUUGCAGAGCUGGCUGGUAGCAGCCCCUCGUCGGGGGCCUCGCCCCCUGCCCAGCUAAGUUUCGUGACCCUGGAGGACCUGGGGCUCCUCCUGGAGAAGGGGUUGGCCAGCCCCGAGCCCCUGAGUCUGGAGGAGAUCUCAGGGAGAUAUGAGUCCAGCCGCCUGGCGUCCACUGCCUCCGUCCCGGAGCAGGACACCCCUAAGCACUGGAAGCAGCUGGAGCAGUGGGUGGCUGACCUGCAGGCCGAGGUGGCUUCCCUCCGGGGGCACAAGGACCGCUGUGAGUGCGCCACGCUGAGUCUGCUGCGGGAGCUGCUCCAGGUGCGUGCCUGCGUGCAGCUGCAGGACUCAGAGCUGAAGAGGCUGCAGCAGGAGAGACAGCAGGCAGCUUGUGGCCCUGAGAAGGAGGCCUGUGAGCUCCCCAGACUCCAGAACCAGAUGCAGGCCCUGGACAAGAGGCUGGUGGACGUCCGGGAGGCCCUGACCCAGAUCAGGAGGAAGCAGGCGCUCCAGGACUCUGAGCGGAAGAGCGCCGAGCAGGAGGCCAACCUGAGGUUGGCCAAGCUGACCGGGAAGCUGGAGCAGGAGGAGCAGGACUGGGAGGUGGCCUGCGGUGCCCUGCAGAAGAGCCAGGAGGAGGCCAGCCAGAGGGUGGACCAUGAGGUGGCCAAGAUGCAGGCCCAGGUGACCAAGCUUGGCGAGGAGAUGAGCCUCCGCUUCCUCAAGAGGGAGGCCAAGCUGUGCGGCUUCCUGCAGAAGAGCUUCCUGGCCCUUGAGAAGAGAAUGAAGGCCUCGGAGAGCGCCCGGCUGAAAGCAGAGAGUGGCCUGCGGGAGGAGCUGGAGAGCAGGUGGCAGAAGCUCCAGGAGCUGGACGAGGAGCGAGCACAGGCCCUGUGGGGGCAGUGCAAGCAGGAAGAGUGCCACCUCCUGGAGCAGUGCCGGGGCCUGGACAAGGCUGUGGUCCAGCUGACCAAAUUCGUGCAGCAGAACCAGGUGUCACUGAACCGCGUCCUGCUGGCUGAGCAGAAGGCCCGGGAUGCCAAGGAGCACUUGGAGGAGAGCCAGGCCAGGGAGCUGGCCUCCUACCUGCAGGAGAACCUGGAGGCCAUGCAGCUGGCCAGCGAGCUGGCCCAGCAGGAGACACACAGCGCGCUGGAGCUGCUCCAAGAGAAGAGCCGGGCCCUGGAGGUGUCCCUGGCCGAGCUGGUCAGGCAGGGGAAGGACCUGAGCGACCACUUCCUGGCCCUGAGCUGGAGGCUGGACCUGCAGGAGCAGACGCUGAGCCUGAGGCUACGUGAGGCAAAGAAUGAGUGGGAAGGUGCAGAGCGGAAAUCGCUGGAGGGACUGGCCCGGUGUCUAACGGAGGCCGAGGCGCACCUGAGGGAGGUGCGGGAGAAAGUGGACCGCCUGCCUCGACAGAUAGAGGCCGUCUCUGACAAGUGUGUCCUUCACAAGAGCGACUCAGACCUCAAGAUCUCUGCGGAGGCCAAAGCCAGAGAGUUCGAGCUCGGGGCUGUGCGGCAGGAGGUGGCCACUCUGCUGUCGUCUGUGCAGCUGCUCAGGGAGGGCAACCCUGGGCGGAAGAUCGCCGAGAUCCAGGGCAAGCUGACCACGUUUCAGAACCAAAUAAUGAAAUUGGAAGACAGCAUCCGGGACAACAAGGCCGUCCAGAACCUCAGAUUUAAUACAGAAACCAAGCUGCGCACAGAGGAGAUGGCCACCCUGCGGGAGAGCAUGAUGCGCCUGUGGAGUGAGGAGGGCCCGUGGGCCCUGACGCUGGGUAGCAGGAGGGUCCUCAUGUCCCUGGUGAGGCAGCGCUUCUUCAUCAAGGACGUGGCCGCUGGCGAGGUGGUCCCUGUGAACUGCUGGGGCGUGUACCAGGCCGUGAGGUGGCUGCAGUGGAAGGCGGUCUUCAUGAACCUGAUGGCCCAGCGGAGGCCAAGAGCCAUCUCGGAGAAGUCCUUUGGCCAGGAGCCUGCCCACUGCCUCCUGUCCUUGCCCCUUUCCCAGAAAUAAACGUGCCAGCUCCUGCUCUUGUCAGAGCCUGGAGUUCCUGCCCGGGGGCUCAGGCGGGCCCAGGCAGCGGGAGUGACCGAGAGGACCCUUCCCAGAAGCCUGUCCAUUUCCAGACUCCCAGAACCCCCUUCUGCCCAAGCCAGCCGAGCCCCAGGCCCAACAGCUUUCCUGGGCCUUCCCACCAACAAGCACAGCAGCCUGGGAGCCCCACCUGCUCCCGGCUGGACCCCCCAGCAGGCAGGUGGCCCAGCCCCAGGGUCCAUGGCUGGCAGCCGUGCCCUCACACCUGUGUGGUGCCCGGGGAGGAAGCGGCUCUCCCUGCCCUCAUCGAGGGAGCAAACAGUGUGUUCACCCACCUCCUCAGGCAGCACCCCCUCUUCCUGCUCCUCCAGGAAAACCCGCGGGAGCCACCUGCUGCGGGGCCGUGAGGAGGAGCCACCUGGGGCCAGCCAGGUGGCCGGGCAGUGGGGGGAGCAGCUGGUCUGGGUGGAGAAUGGGCUUCACCCAGAGGGGGGCACCAUGUGUUGACCCCCUGAGCCCAUGGCCUCCGAGGGGCUGCAGCUUCUGCCCUGUCCUCCCUCCUGUGAGGAGAGCUCCAAGGGCCGAGGGCCAGGGUGGCUGGGACAGCAGUUCUUGCCCAUUCCCUGCCCUGCUGGCCUCUGGUUGUGGCAGCUCCAGGUCCCAGGAUGAGCCCAGCCCUUCUUCCUGGGCCCGGGAAGUCCCCACUUGAGCUGGUUUGUCCUGCUGGUGGCCGCCCUGGUCAGAGGGCCCUGGGGGCUCCUCCCAGGACAGCACGCAGGAGAGUCUGGACCCCUGGUGCCUCCUUCUCACCCCCGCUGACCCCGGCCCACUCGCUAGGCCUCUGCCAGCUGCACCUCCUCCAGGGUCUGGGCGCCCCCACCGGGCGGCUCGGGGCCAGCUUCCGCUGACCAGCUGGCCAGCAGGUCGCUGAAGUCGGGCGUGCCAGGGUGGAGCAGGC